UGGGUGCUUCACCAGUUGUAACGGUGACAGUCUACAAAUUAAAUUUUUCUGUUAUAUUUACAACAUGGCAGUAGUGAACUUAAUGUUUGUUGCUCUAUCGGUAGCAGUUUGCUUUACUUCCACUUUUCUUGCUGAAUUUCCAGGAGCAGGAGCCGCCGCCGCGAGGUCGUGGUCCGCCCCGCAACACCGCGCGCGCGUCCCCGUCGUCGAGAUGGGCCUCCGCGGCUCGGCGGGCGUCCGCCAGGCCCAGGACGUGCUCCUGUACUCUACGGCCGUGAGGAGGGCUGGCGAGAAGGGCAGCUACCAGGGCUACGCGCUCGGCUUCCGGACCAACGCCACCAUCGACCACUUCCGCUGGGUGUACGCCGGCGAGGACGGCUACACCUCCAAGUUCCAGGUCAUGAACGGCGGCCUGGGCUUCAAGUACAUCACGCUCUACUUCACGUCGCAGGACGACCACGGCAUCUACUACAACAUCUCCAUCUACGGCAGGUACGACAAAACGUUUCAACCAUUCUUAGAACCAGAUAACACUGAAGAUGAGCCAACCGAAAAGAAGGUUAUUGUGUGAAUUAUUACAAUAUAUUAAGCUUAGUGAAUAGCAAAUAUUUGUGAAAAUAUUACCAAUAAAUAUAUAUAUUACUGUAUAACCAAGGGGAAGCAGAUUUCUGACCUUAUACGCUUCACAUUAAAUUAUGUAAUUAUUUAAAUGUAAAUUACAAUUUCUUCAGGAUUGUUAUUAAUUUAUUAAAUAAAAGUAAUUUUUCAAAAGUAUAUUAAUAGUGUUUAAAUUGUUGGCUUGAUAAAAUUGGUUUAAGGAUUGAUAUUAAUGAUUAUUUAGUUUGUGAACAAUAGGUGUGAGCUUAAAGGUGCAUAAUUCUCACAUUUCAAUGUAAGUACAUUCCAGAUAAACUUAAUACGUUAAACUAAUAUAUAAUAUUUUCUUUCAGUCGAUAAGGCGUAAAAAAAUAUGAGUUUGGCAAUCUUAAAAUGUUACCAGUUGAAAAUUUUAGUUAAGUUUGUCAUGUAUAAUUUUAUAUUCAUACAUUUUUUGACAUUGAUGACUGUCGAAAACUGAUGAUUAAGAUAAUGUUUGCAUUACAAAGGUUUUAUUUUUUUGCAUUAAGCAAAUUUGUAACACUGAAAUGUCUUGUACGAACCACGGCAAGAUCAAUAUUAACUGAGACAAAGUCAAACAGGCGAGUAGUUCCGAACAUAUCCGAAGUUGGCCACUCGCUCGUGCAGCAUCACGGUUUGACUAAAAAGUACACCAUAUUUAAAACAAAAAUAAUUUUCACGACUAUUAAAUAUUUGAAAGGAAACUGACAUAACAUGACUCUCUUUUAGUGUUGAUAAUGAUCAACUAAGCAUGUAGAACCAUACUACUCGUCUGAGAAAAAAAUUCAGGGCGUAUUUAGUGUGAUACUUUUCUUUAAUUAGCACAAAAACAUGCCCUAAAUUUUACUUUCACAAAGAAAAAUAAAAAAAAAUAAAAAACAGGGGAUCAUCAAGGCGUCUGACAUUGACUUAGUUAUUCUUCAGUUUAUGUACGAAACACACAAAAGCGUUGUAAAGAUGAAUAAAAUAUUUUGGAACGAA